GAGAGUUUUGAGUAUAUAUUAAUUAAUUAAUUAGCAAUGGCUACUCUGAUUUGCCCUGAAGAGCAUUCUCCUGUUACUGAUGCAGAGGCUAUUAGGAAGGCCUGUAAAGGAUGGGGAACGGAUGAGAAGGCGUUAAUAUCGAUACUCGGGCAUAGAAAUGCAAGUCAGAGGAAGAUAAUAAGGAAAACAUAUGAGGAGAUGUAUAAUGAAGAUCUUGUGAAGCGCCUUGAAUCUGAGUUGUCUGGACACUUUGAGAGAGCAGUGUACAGAUGGAUGCUUGAUCCACAAGAGAGGGAUGCAGUUAUAUUGCAUGUUGCGAUAAAAGAGAAACCUAUCCUAGAUUACACAUCCAUCAUUGAGUUGUCAUGUAUAUAUUCUCCUCAAGACUUUUUGGCUGUUAAGUGUGCCUAUCAAGCUCGCUACAAACGCUCCCUCGAGGAAGACUUAGCUCAGCAUUGCACCGGUGAUCUUCGCAAGCUUUUGGUUUCUGUAGUUAGCAUAUAUAGAUAUGCAGGUGAUGAAAUAGAUGCAAAGCUAGCCAAAUCUGAGGCGGACGUUAUUUACAAUGCGAUAAAAAGCAAGGAGUUUAAUCAUGAAGAAAUUGUUAGAAUUAUUACCACAAGGAGCAAGACUCAACUCAGAGCAACCCUAAACCGUUACAAGGAUGAUUAUACCUCUUCACUCACCAAGCACUUGAGGGACGAUGGCGAAAAGACAGCUAAUGCUUUCUUAGGAGCAUUGAGAACGACAAUCCGUUGCAUUACUUAUGACUCUCAGGCAUACUAUGAAAAGGUAAUUCGGCGUGCCCUAAUGAAGUCAGGGACAGAUGAGGAGUCUGUGACAAGGGUAAUAGUGAGCAGGGCAGAUAAGGAUUUGGAAGUGAUCAAAGAGCUUUACUACAAGAGGAACAGUGUGAGUCUUGAUCAUGCUAUCUCGAAGCACACUUCUGGGGAUUACAUGGAUUUCCUUCUCACUCUCUUAGGAAACAAAAAGUAAAUCAAUCGAUAUAGCCAACAGCUGAGGUGUGUGUGAGAGUGUCUCUUGAAUAAAAAAAAAUCGUCUAUCGUUGAGGUGUGUCUUGGAUAUUGUGUGAAUUCAUAUCUUGUCGUCCUACUCGUUGUUGCUGUUUUCCCAUUUAUUUGUGUGUGAUCUAAUUCUCAAUAAACAUUCAUGUUACUUA